AUGACUGUUACAUAUACAAAAAAAGUAUUGGUUACUGGUGGUGCUGGAUUUAUUGGUUGUAAUUUCUUGAGUUAUAUAGUCCCAAAGUACCCCCAGGUACAUUUUACUUGUAUUGAUAAACUUAAUUAUGCUAGCAAUAGUCACAUAAUCAAACAACUUGAAUUAUUGCCAAAUUUUUGCUUCAUUCAGUUGGAUUUAUCUGAAAGUUUAGAAAAGUUGUUAGAUAUCACAAGAGAUACUACUGAUAUUAUCAAUUUUGCUGCAGAAUCAUGUGUAGAUAGGUCAUUUCUGGAACCGUUAUAUUUCACUAAAAACAAUAUUUUUGCUACUCAAAAUUUAUUAGAAUGUCAUAGACUUAAUCGAAACAUAAAUUAUAUCCUACACAUUUCAACAGAUGAAGUAUAUGGAGAGCUGGUAAGUAAUGUUGUGGAAGACGACCAUUUGAUGAACCCUACUAAUCCAUACUCUGCUAGUAAAGCAGCUAUUGAUUUAAUAAUACAGUCGUAUCAAUAUUCAUACAAGUUGCCGAUAACAAUACUUCGACCAAACAAUGUUUACGGUCCAUUACAAUAUCCUGAAAAAAUCAUCCCAUUAACUAUAAAGUGUCUACAUGAAAAAACACCAAUCCCAAUUCAUGGUAACGGUACCAACAAAAGACGAUAUUUGUACGUUCUUGAUUUAGUGUUGGCUAUUGAAAUCAUAUGGAAAAGCCAACAAAUUACUACAAAUCAAAUCUAUAAUGUUGGCGGGACAGAUGAGUUGGAUAACAAUUCAUUGGUCAACUUGAUAAUGAAUGUAUUUCAAACCCCAGGAGAAAUACAAUAUGUUAAGGAUAGAAAGUACAACGAUUCAAGUUAUUCAAUAGAUACAACAAAACUAGCUGCAUUAGGUUGGGAACCAAAAAUUUCUAUAACACAAGGAUUAGAAUUAUGCAAACAAUUCUCUAACCUUCCCAUCGAACAAUGA